AUGGACGCAGUGCUGCUAGAGCACUUUCCCGGGGGUCUGGACACCUUCCCGUCUCCCUAUUUCGACGAGGAGGACUUCUUCACUGACCAGUCCUCUCGGGACCCUCUGGAGGACGGAGAUGAGCUGCUGGCGGACGAGCAGGCCGAGGUGGAGUUCCUCAGCCACCAGCUCCACGAGUACUGCUACCGCGACGGGGCGUGCCUGCUACUGCAGUCCGCGCCCUCUGCGGCCCCGCACGCUCUAGCCCCGUUGCCCUCUGGGGGCUCCGGGGAGCUGGAGGACCGCGGUGGCUACUGCUGCGAGGCGGGGGCGCCCCCCGGCGGCUUCCCCUUCUCACCUGGCUCCCCGCCCUCGUGCCUGGCCUAUCCGUGCGCCGGGGCGGCUGUCUUGUCCCCUGCGUCUAGGCUGCGUGGCCUGAGUGGGGCGGCGGCGGCCGCCGCACGGCGGCGGCGGCGAGUGCGCUCUGAGGCGGAGCUACAGCAGCUGAGACAAGCGGCCAAUGUGCGCGAGCGGCGACGCAUGCAGUCCAUCAACGAUGCCUUCGAGGGGCUGCGCUCGCACAUCCCCACGCUGCCCUAUGAGAAACGCCUUUCCAAGGUGGACACGCUGCGCCUGGCCAUCGGCUACAUUAACUUCCUCAGCGAGCUCGUGCAGGCCGACCUGCCACUGCGCGGCGGCGGCGCGGGCGGCUGCGGGGGUCCUGGCGGCGGCGGCCGCCUGGGCGGAGACAGCCGGGGCAGUCAGGCUCAAAAGGUCAUCAUCUGCCAUCGGGGGACUCGGUCCCCCUCCCCCAGCGACCCAGAUUAUGGCCUCCCUCCCCUUGCAGGACACUCGCUUUCAUGGACAGAUGAAAAACAGCUUAAAGAACAAAAUAUUAUCCGAACAGCCAAAGUGUGGACCCCAGAGGACCCCCGAAAACUCAACAGCAAAUCUUCCCUCAACGACAUAGAAAAUGAACCCCCCUUUGAGUUUGUGUCCUGAUAAAUCCCGGAUUUGGCUGAAGAUCUGGUUACGUGUCUGUGCAUAUUGUACAUGUGAAUAUGAUGAAAAUGUAAUUUAAGAAUCAGUUUUUUUUCUAAUGGCAAUCAACUGUUUGUUAUUUAUCUAUUUAUUAUUCUGUUGAGUUAAUGAAAUAGAUUAUGUUUUUAAGUAUAUAAUUUAUAUAAUUUAUCCUGAUUUUCUAAAAAUAUGCAAUAGCCUGUGAUUCCACAGCACCUUUGGCAGAACUCUGCAUUGUUGGAAGACCUCUGCCUGAAAACAUCAUGCUAAUUUAUUGCCAGAUAUGAUACUAAGUCUUGUUAAUAAAUGCUAUUUACACUUUUUUCU